AUGGACGUGGCCCGAGGGGCCCGCGACGGUACCGACGAGGGAGGAGCCCAGGAUAUGGGAGGAGGGGGUCCCCAAGGUGAAUCCUCGGGAUCCCCGGACGAGAGGCCGGCAGGAUGCGUGGGUCUCGCCGACACCGAACACGGGCCCGCCAACACCGGCGACGACGGCAGCGACGGGGGAGGCGGAAUCGCUGGAGAAGGAACCUUGGGUGUGGCCCGAGCCACCGGCCACCCAAAGACCCCCGUUGCAGCGGCAAGCUUCGGCGCCCGGCAGGUAUCGGCCCCGGAGGAAGGCGGUUGGAGCGAGAUCGCCAGGAGCGAAUGGCCGGAGGGGAUCGAGGAGGCACCCGCGGUCGCGACGGCACGGCGGAAGGGCGGCAGGCGUUGCGUUCUGGUCAGCGAAGGCGGACGAAGGUACCGGACAAUCAUCAAUUUUUAUCUGGGGGAUUCCCAGACGGAGCCGCAACGUCGGCGGCAGCAGGAGCGCUCCGCCGACAGAGAGGAGUCGGCAAGUCGGCGCCGACGUCGUCCUGGAGACCAGGAGCGGGAUGGCGAAGAGUCGCCACGUCGGCGGCAUCAGGAGCGCUCCGCCGAUGGAGGGGAGCCGGCAAGUCGGCGCCGACGUCGUCCUGGUGACGAGGAUCGGAAUGGCGAUGACGACGUCGGCGCCGAGGGCGACGCCAGCGGCGACCACCGCGCCAAUGGCGGAGCAACGCGGCAGGAGGAAGCCGUAGAGCAAACGAGGGAAGCCGCCCAAAACAAAUAA